AUGAAGUGCAGAUCCGUGGCGUGCAUAUGGUCCGGCACGCCGUUCCCUCACCGCGUCACCGCCGUUGCCACUUUGGCGGAACCACGGACGUCGACCUUUUAUACCGCUGGAUCCGAUGGUUCCGUCGUCUGGUGGACCCUCUCCAGUUCCACUUCCACACCGCAAGUUAAGGCUGUGGGCGUGUUGUGUGGUCACGCCGCACCGGUUACCGAUCUUGCCGUUUGUAGGCCCGUUGCAGACGCGGAAAACUGUUACACUUCGAGUGCAAGUAAGUUCAGUGCGUUGAUAAGUGCGUGUUGUGAUGGUUUUCUGUGUGUGUGGAGCAAAAACAGUGGCCAUUGCCGGUGCCGGAGGAAAUUGCCGCCUUGGGUUGGGACUCCUCGCUUAAUUAGAACCUUGCCUUCGACACCGAGAUAUGUGUGUAUAGCUUGUUCCUUAGAGGGGAAUGAAGGAGUAAUUGAUAAAGAAACUCAGCCUAGGAAGCCUCCUAAGUGCACUAUUCUUAUUGUGGACUCCUAUUCGCUUUCCAUUACUCAAACUGUGUUUCAUGGAAGUCUAUCCAUUGGUCCAAUUAGGUUUAUGGAACUGGUCUUGGAUGAUGACGAGAAGAGGAACUCCGUGUUUGUGGUUGAUUCGGCUGGGAGGCAGCAGAUGAUUUUGAUAUCGGAGGAUCGAGGGGAGAGCUUGGCGGGUUCACUUGGAGAUAAAGGUCAAUUAGAGAGCUCUUUUUGCGAUGAGGGAUUGAGUGGUGUGGAGCAAGUUGUUUCGGUUAAAACGUAUGGGAAUGUUGUUGCUUUAGUAUUGGAAAAUCGGUGUGUGUUUAGGUUGUUGAAUGGUAAUAGUGCGAUUGGAGAAGUUUCUUUUGUGGACAGUUUAGUUAGUUUGGAUCAGGGUUCUACCCAAAUACAUGCUAUUGGUGGCAUUUUUCUUGAAAACUCUGACGUGGGGAAUGUGUGCAAUAGCAAUGAAUAUGGAAACUCGAUUACAGUACGAUUUGUUGUGUGGAAUAAUGUAGGUUAUGCAGUUAUAUAUAAUGUGUUGUAUCAGAAGGGUGUUUUCCAAUGUGAACCUCUUUCUGAGAUUCCUGGUACACGUUAUCAACCUGAUAUGGGAUUAUCUGUUUUUUUUCAACAAGUAAAUCAAUAUCUUGUAUGCAUCAAGUCAAUUUGCUUAACUUAUGAGGAGCCUUUACUAUGGAGACCACUUGCCACAAUCUGGUCAUUGAAUGAUUUUGAUGAUGAACCUGGUAGAUUGUAUCGUCAAUGCAGAAUGAUCGGUGAUGGUGUAUCUUUCACCGACUGGUCUGAGAAAUCGACUCAGCUCAAGGGGCUAGAUGGUCUUGAGACUACACCUACUUUUGGUUUGAGUCCAAGUUCUGAUAAUAUAGAAAGCGAACAUGUAGAUAUUGGAAGUAAUUAUUAUGCUUACAAGGGGAAGGUCGUUUCUUCUUCCAUGAUUAUCUCGGAAAACCUCUUAACUCCUUAUGCUGUUGUAUAUGGUUUUUUGAGUGGAGAUAUAGAGGUUGUAAGAUUUGAUCUGUUUCAAGGGAUUUGCUUGGAUGAUGCAAGUUCCAGUCCUGAUGAAAAGCCAACUGCAUGCAAACAGUACUUCUCUGGACAUACAGGUGCUGUACUUUGUUUAGCAGCACAUCAAAUGAGGGGUAAUGCCAAAAGCUGGACUUUUAAGCGGGUUUUGGUGUCUGGAAGUAUGGAUUGCACCAUCCGUAUAUGGGAUCUUGACAUUGGAAGUCUUAUCAUGGUAAUGCAUCAUCAUGUGGCUCCUGUGCGUCAAAUUAUUCUUCCUCCAUCUUUGACUGUGUAUCCAUGGAGUGAUUGCUUCCUUUCAGUCGGAGAGGAUGCAUGUGUUGCUCUUAUUUCUCUAGAAACUCUGCGACUGGAGAGAAUCUUUCCUGGACACUUGAACUAUCCGUCUAAAGUUUUAUGGGACGUAGAAAGAGGUUAUAUUUCCUGUCUCUGUCAAACAGGUUGUGGAACUUCUCAUGUUACUGAUGCUACUGAUGUAUUAUACAUUUGGGAUGUAAAGACAGGUUCACGUGAACGAGUCCUACUUGGGACAGCUGCACAUUCAAUGUUUGAUCAUUUUUGUAAAAGCAUCAGCAUGAAUUCCAUAUCUGGUACAUUGCUGAAUGGAAAUACAUCAGUCUCUUCCUUACACCUGCCAAUAGUUGAUGAUGCAAGGUUCUCUAACUCCCCCUUAAAUCGUUCAGACAACUUGCUUACUUCAUCAAGGUCAUCACCAAAUAUUUCAAAUAUGACUGAGCUGAAUUCUUCCAAAACAAAUGCAGGUAAAGGAAUUUCAGUGAAGCCAGAUUCGUCCUCUCUGACUGGUCUUAAUAGCAAGCUUCCUAUCAAAUGCUCUUGCCCUUUCCCAGGGAUUGUGUCUCUGUGUUUUGAUCUUGCAUCAUUGAUGUUCUCAUAUAAAAAAAAUGAGUCCAUUGAAAAUGGUGGAGGCAAGCCAGUGAAUAUCAAUUUGAUGCAGCAGGGAGUCGAGGUGCAAAAUCCUAGAUACCAUAAUUCAGAAAUUUUAGAGGGCCAUGACUGGGUUACUCUAUUUGAAGAAUACUUACUUCGAUAUAGCUUGUCAUUUCUACAUUCGUGGAAUGUAGACGUAGAGCUUGAUAAUUUGUUGAUAAGUGACAUGAAGCUGAGGAGACCAAAAAAUUUUAUACUAGCUUCUGGUCUGCAGGGGGAUAAAGGGUCAUUGACGUUAACAUUUCCUGCUCAGAGUGCUACUCUUGAGCUGUGGAAAUCAUCAUCUGAGUUUUGUGCAAUGAGGUCAUUGACAAUGGUGUCGCUUGCCCAACGUUUGAUUAGCUUGUCUCAUUCUGGUUCAGCAGCCAGCAGUGCUUUAGCAGCCUUUUAUACUCGGAAUUUCCUGGAAAAUUUUCCAGACGUGAAGCCACCAUCAUUACAGCUCUUGGUGGCUUUUUGGCAAGAUGAAAGUGAACAUGUACGUAUGGCUGCACGCUCUAUAUUUCAUUGUGCUGCCUCUCAUGUUAUUCCUCUACCUCUAUGCAAUUUAAAACAUACUGAGUCAAACAAUACGAGUUCUCCUAAGGCAGAAAAACAAGGAAUUUCCCAUGAUGAGGAAUCCAAGAUACUUGCUUGGCUAGAAUCAUUUGAAGUGCAAGAUUGGAUUUCUUGUGUUGGUGGAACUAGUCAGGAUGCAAUGACAUCUCACAUUAUUGUUGCUGGUGCACUGGCUAUCUGGUAUCCUAGUCUUGUAAAGCCAAGUGUUGCCAGGCUAGUUGUUCAUCCGUUAAUGAAGUUGGCUAUGUCUAUGAACGAGAAGUACAGCUCCACUGCUGCUGAGCUUCUUGCAGAGGGCAUGGAAAGUACAUGGAAAGAAUGCAUUGUAUCUGAGAUUCCUCAUUUGAUUGGGGAUAUUUUUUUCCAAGUAGAGUUGAGCGGCCCAUCUUCCAAGUCAGUGCCCGAAGUUUCAGAUGCAUCUUUUUCUAUUAAAAAGAGUUUGGUGGAGGUUCUUCUUCCAAGCUUGGCUAUGGCUGACAUAAUAGGCUUUUUGUCUGUGAUUGAAAGCCAAAUUUGGUCUACUGCAUCUGAUUCACCUGUCCACAUGGUGUCCUUGUUGACUCUUAUAAGGAUCAUGCGUGGUUCUCCAAAGAAUUUGGCUCAAUACCUUGACAAGACUAUAGAUCCUAGCAACUCAGUCAUGCGGAAGGCUUGCUUCCAGAGUUCAAUGACAACUUUCAAGGAACUUGUACGUGUAUAUCCCAUGGUAGCUGUCAAUGAUUCAUGUACCAAAUUAGCAGUUGGAGAUGUGAUUGGAGAAAUUAACAAUGCAAGCAUCAGGGUUUAUGAUAUGCAAAGUGUGACAAUGAUAAAGGUUUUGGAUGCAAGUGGGCCUCCUGGACUUCCAACUCUACUCCCAGCAGCAACAUUAGGGACAAUGUUGACCACUGCCAUUUCAGCACUGAGUUUUUCACCAGAUGGAGAGGCUGCUGAACUUUCAGUUGAGGCAAUCAUGAAACGACUCUUUAGCUUCUAUAGCCAGCCCAAACUAGCAACAGAAGAUUUUGUAUUUGCCCGUACUAGCAUACUGUUUAAAGAGGUAUUCGUUGGAGAUCUUGUAAUCGGAGACACCGCCCUUUGA